CCUAUACGAACUAUCCAUGUAAUUUGCUUUAAAUUUCUUCCCCUGGGGCCAGGAAGCCGCUAAAGUACAGCUGAUUAAUGUAAUUAUGGGCAGGUGUAUUCUAUGAGAAGUCACUUGAAAUCAAUUUUUGCUUAACAGUUUCACCUAAGGCUGUGCCGGGCAACCGCAGCGAUUGCUACGUUUGCUGUGGAAAUGCUGUUACUCUCUUCCCUUCAGCACGACCUACUCACAAAGUCUAAAAGCUGAUUUCAUUUCUGUGCUGCGGGGUUUCAGGUGGUCCCGACGCAGUCGUUUAAAUAAGGCGCUGCGGUCUCAUUGGCCAGGGGCUGCUGCUCAUUGAUUGGCCCUCCGGAUGAGGUAAAGCUGUUGCUCAUUGAUCGGCUUCCUGAUGACGUAAGGCUGCUGCUCAUUGAUUGGCCUCUUGAUGAGGUGGGCGGUGCCCGAAGCUGCCCAUUGGUGGAGGCGGGAAAUUUAAACAGAAGCAAAGAGCCAUACUUGUUGUGCUCAGGGUUUGUUUCUUUUCUCCUUAGGGUUUGGUUGCCGGACAAGAAAAGGGGGCGACUUCGCUCCCACAACUUUCGCUGCCGCCCCUGAGGGGAAACGGUCAGCCGGGGUCUGGAACUCCCCACUCGGGGGCAGCCUCGUGGAGCCGGGGAAGGCGGUGCGGGCGGAGCCGGAGGCUGCCAUGACGACGCGGCGAGCGGGGCGCCGCCGCUGGCAGCCGAGCCCCUCCGAGCCGCGGCCGCCUGAGAGGCAGAGGGGCCCCGCGGCCUCCCCGCCGGUCCUGUCCCUCAGCCACUUCCGCAGGUCCCCUUUCCUCUGCUUCGGGGACGUCCGCCCGGGAGCCUCGCGCACCCUGCCGCUGGCCGUGGACAACCCGAACGACGAGGAGGUCGAAGUGACGGUCUCCCGCCUGCCGGCCGCGGACCUGGGCUUCAGCGUGUCGCCGCGCCGCUUCGUGCUGCAGCCUAAAGAAAAAAUUGUUAUUUCUGUUAACUGGACACCAUUUAAAGAAGGCAGAGUAAGAGAGAUUGUGACAUUUCUUGUAAAUGAUGUUGUGAAACACCAAGCUAUAUUACUAGGAAAUGCAGAAGAGCAGAAAAGGAAAAAGAGAAGUCUUUGGGAAACCAUUAAAAAUAAGAAAACUUCAGCCUCUUCAACUCAUAACAGAGGGGUUUCAAAUAUUCAUGUUAACAAAACAUUUAGUGUUUCCCCAAAAGUUGACAAAGUUAGGAGCCCACUGCAAGCUUGUGAAAAUUUGGCCAUAAAUGAGGGCUAUUCCCCAACAGAAAACAACUCUUUAAUGCUUGAAGAAGAUAAAUUACCUAUAUCACCUAUUAGCCCUACUUUCAAAGAAUGCCAUGGUGACACUUGCUUGCCACUUGUUAUACGUCGAUCUACUACCUACUCAUCUCUUCACAUUCCUGAAAAUGGGGAAUCAUUGAAAGUAGAAGGUGCCAGCAUUUCAAAAGAUUUUUAUUUUAAUGAGAAAGUCAUAACUAAAUCUCCCUCUAAUUCUAUAAAUAUUAAUGGCCAAAGUGAAGACAAUAGUAAACUUACUCUUACUCCAAAUUACUCUUCAACUUUAAACAUUACACAAAGCCAAGGAAAUUUUCUAAGUCCAGAUUCUUUUGUCAAUAAUAGCCAUACAACUAAUACUGAACUAGAAAUAGUGACGUCAGAUACAUUUAUGAAAGAUAAUUUGAAGCCUGUGUAUUUGGAAUCAAAAAUGGUACAUGAAAUUUAUCGGACAAUUUUAAGUCCAGAUUCUUUCAUAAAUGAUAAUUAUGCACUAAAUCAAAAUCUAGAAUCAGAGUCAAUUAAACCCAUUUUACCCCCAAAUCAAUUUGUAAAAGAUAACAUGGCAUAUGUGUGCACAUAUCAGCAAACAUGUAAAUUAUCACCAUCAUCAAAUGAAAAUUCUGGGGUCCUACAAUCUCAAGAUUCGAGAAAAAGUGAAGUUUUGCCAUGUAUUCCUGAAUGUCAGGAUUCAAAAUCUCCCAAAGCUAUUUUUGAAGAACUUGUGGAAAAGAAGUCAAAUUACUACAAUUCUACGAAACAAAAUCAUCCUAAAUUUUCUGCAGUUCAAGAUAUCUCCAGUUACAGUCAUGAUAAACAACCUAAGAGACGCCCAAUACUUUCUGCUACUGUUACUAAAAGGAAGCCCACCCAUGCCAGAGAAAACCAAACUGAGACUAAUAAACCAAAAGCAAAAAGAUGUCUCGACAGUGCAGUAGGUGAAUGUGAAAAAGUGAUAAAUAAUCAAGAAGAGAAAGAAGCUUUUCAUUCUUGCCUUCCAAUUAUAACUCCCUCUUUGACAACAGUGUCUGUUGCUCGUAAAAGAAAGAGUGAUGGAAGCAUGGCAAAAAUAAAUGUGAGAAUUCCAGUUACAGAGCAUAUGGAGGGACGAGAGAUCAAAAGAAUCCAUUUUUCUCCAUCAGAGUCUAAAACAUCAACUGCUAGGAAACCAACAAAGGUGAAAACUCCCAUCUCAAAAUGUAUGAGCAACAGAGAGAAAUUAAACCUGAAGAAGAAAACUGAUUUAAUAUUCAAAACUCCUAUCUCUAAAACAAACAAAAGGACAAAACCCCUUGUUGCUGUGGCACAGUCCAAUUUGACCUUCAUAAAACCAUUAAAAACAGCUAUUCCUAGACACCCAAUGCCAUUUGCUGCAAAAAACAUGUUCUAUGAUGAACGCUGGAAGGAAAAGCAGGAGCAAGGAUUCACUUGGUGGCUAAAUUUUAUAUUAACUCCUGAUGACUUCACUGUAAAAACAAAUAUUUCUGAAGUAAAUGCGGCUACUCUUCUUUUGGGAGUGGAGAAUCAACAUAAAAUAAGUGUCCCUAAAGCACCUACAAAAGAGGAAAUGUCUCUCAGAGCUUAUACUGCUCGGUGCAGGUUGAAUAGAUUACGUCGCACAGCAUGCAAUUUGUUUACUUCUGAAAAAAUGGUUAAAGCCAUUAAAAAACUUGAAAUUGAAAUUGAAGCUAGGCGGUUAAUUGUUCGAAAAGAUAGACACCUCUGGAAAGAUGUGGGAGAACGCCAGAAAGUCCUGAAUUGGCUAUUGUCAUAUAAUCCUUUAUGGCUUCGAAUUGGCUUAGAGACAAUUUAUGGAGAACUCAUACCUUUGGAAGACAACAGUGAUGUCACAGGGUUGGCUAUGUUUAUUCUGAAUCGCUUACUUUGGAAUCCUGAUAUAGCAGCUGAGUAUAGACACCCCACUGUUCCUCAUCUAUAUAGAGAUGGUCAUGAAGAAGCUUUGUCCAAGUUUACAUUGAAAAAGUUACUGUUGUUGGUCUGUUUCCUUGACUAUGCUAAAAUUUCCAGACUUAUUGAUCAUGAUCCUUGUCUCUUUUGUAAAGAUGCUGAAUUCAAGGCUAGUAAAGAAAUUCUUCUGGCUUUUUCACGAGAUUUCCUAAGUGGUGAAGGUGACCUUUCCCGUCACCUUAGCUUAUUGGGAUUACCUGUUAACCAUGUUCAGACACCAUUUGAUGAAUUUGAUUUUGCUGUUACAAAUCUUGCUGUAGACUUACAGUGUGGAGUGCGUCUAGUGCGAACCAUGGAACUUCUCACACAGAACUGGACUCUGUCAAAGAAACUCAGAAUUCCUGCCAUCAGUCGUCUUCAAAAGAUGCACAAUGUUGACAUUGUUCUUCAGAUUCUUAAAUCACGAGGAAUUCAAUUAAAUGAUGAGCAUGGAAAUACGAUUCUAUCUAAGGAUAUUGUGGAUAGGCACAGAGAAAAAACUCUCGGGUUGCUUUGGAAAAUUGCAUUUGCUUUUCAGGUGGAUAUUUCCCUUAAUUUAGACCAAUUAAAGAAAGAAAUUGACUUUCUAAAACACACACAGAGUAUAAAGAAAACAAUGUCUGCCCUAUCAUGCCAUUCUGAUGUUAUUAAUAAGAAAAAAGACAAAAGGACUAGUGGUUCCUUUGAGCAAUAUAGUGAAAACAUAAAGUUAUUGAUGGAUUGGGUAAAUGCUGUUUGUGCCUUCUAUAAUAAAAAGGUGGAGAAUUUUACAGUGUCUUUCUCAGAUGGCCGUGUGCUGUGUUACCUGAUCCACCAUUAUCAUCCAUGCUACGUGCCUUUUGAUGCUAUAUGUCAGCGUACUACUCAGACUGUGGAAUGCACACAAACUGGUUCAGUGGUAUUAAAUUCAUCAUCUGAAUCUGAUGAUAGUUCUCUGGAUAUGUCUCUUAAAGCAUCUGGUCAUGAAAAUACUUCAGAACUAUACAAAGAACUCCUAGAAAAUGAAAAGAAAAACUUUCAUUUGGUUAGCUUUGCUGUUAGAGAUCUUGGUGGAAUACCUGCUAUGAUUAAUCAUUCAGAUAUGUCAAAUACAAUUCCAGACGAAAAGGUGGUUAUUACCUAUUUGUCAUUUCUUUGUGCAAGGCUUUUGGAUCUUCGUAAAGAAAUAAGAGCUGCUCGACUUAUACAGACAACAUGGAGAAAAUAUAAAUUAAAAAAAGAUCUCAAACGCCAUCAGGAGCAAGACAAAGCUGCAAGAAUUAUUCAAUCAGCUAUAGUCAAUUUUCUAACUAAACAACGAUUGAAGAAAGAGGUUAAUGCAGCACUGGUCAUUCAGAAAUAUUGGCGAAGACUCUUAGCACAGAGAAAAUUAUUAAUGCUAAAAAGGGAAAAGCUGGAAAAAAUUCAAUAUAAAUCAGCAUCAAUUAUUCAGAGUUAUUGGAGAAGAUAUUCCAGUAGAAAAAGAUUUUUGAAAUUGAAAUAUUAUUCAAUCAUCCUGCAAUCUAGGAUAAGAAUGAUAAUUGCUGUUACAUCUUAUAAACGAAAUCUUUGGGCUAUAGUUACCAUUCAGAGGCAUUGGCGUGCUUGUUUAAGAAGGAAACAAGCAAGAUACAGAGGUUAUAAAGUACGCCAGUUAAUCAAACAACAAUCUAUAGCUGCUCUUAAAAUUCAAACUGCUUGUAGAGGCUAUAGUCAAAGAGUAAAAUAUCAAUCUGUGCUUCAGUCUAUUGUGAAGAUUCAGAGGUGGUACAGGGCCUACAAGACUGUUUAUGAUAUAAGAACACAUUUUUUACAGACAAGGGCAGCUGUAAUUUCCCUCCAGAGUGCUUAUCGUGGCUGGAAAGCUCGGAGGCAGAUCCAAAGGGAACAUCAAGCUGCAGUGAAGAUUCAGUCUGCUUUUAGAAUGGCUAAGGCCCGGAAACAGUUUAGAUUUUUAAGAACAGCAACAGUAGUCAUCCAGCAACAUCUGAAAGCAUGGAUUGCAGGAAAGAAGCAACGUUUGGAGUAUAUUGAACUCCGUCUUGCAGCACUGACACUUCAAUCCACGUGGAAGGGAAGAACAGUGAGAAGGCAGAUUCAAAGGCAACACCAAUGUGCUAUCAUCAUACAGGCAUGCUAUAGAAUGCAUGUGCAACAAAAGAAGUGGAAAGCCAUGAAAGAAGCCGCUCUUCUGAUUCAAAAGUAUUAUAGGGCUUACAGUAUUGGGAGGGAACAGCGUUGUUUAUAUUUGAGAAAAAAGGAAGCUAUAGUAAUUUUACAGUCAGCUUACCGUGGUAUGAAAGUGAGAAAAAGAAUAAAGGAUUGCAACAAAGCAGCAGUCACUAUACAGUCUAGUUAUAGAGCCUACAAAACCAAAAGGAAAUAUGCAACCUAUCGAGCUUCAGCUAUUAUAAUUCAGAGAUGGUAUCGAGAUAUUAAAAUUACAAACCAUCAACAUGAGGAAUAUCUUAACUUAAGGAAGGCAGCAGUUAAAGUCCAAGCUGUAUAUAGAGGUGUUAGAGUGAGAAGACAUAUUCAACACAUGCACAUUGCAGCCACUUCUAUUAAAGCCAUGUUUAAAAUGCAUCAGUCAAGAGUAAGAUACCAUACAAUGAGAUCAGCAGCUAUUAUAAUUCAAGUAAGAUACAGAGCAUAUUAUCAAGGUAAAAUUCAGCGUGAAAAAUAUCUGACAAUUUUGAAAGCUAUUAAUAUUCUUCAGGCAAGUUUUAGAGGAGUAAGAGUUAGACAGACUCUAAAAAGGAUGCACACUGCAGCAACACUCAUUCAAUCAUACUAUAGAAGAUACAGACAGCAAACAUAUUUUAAUAAGUUAAAGAAGGUAACAAAAACAAUACAACAGAGAUACCGGGCAGUGAAGAAAAGACACGUUCAAUUUCAAAGGUAUAACAAAUUGAGGCAUUCCAUAAUAUGCAUUCAGGCUGUUUUUAGGGGUAUGAAAGCUAGAAGACAUUUAAAAGUUAUGCAUGUAGCCGCAACCCUUAUUCAGAGAAGAUUUAGAACUCUAAUGAUGAGAAGAAGAUUCCUCACUCUCAAGAAAACUGUCAUUUGGAUUCAGAGAAAAUACCGGGCACAUCUUUGUGCAAAGCGUCACUUACAAUUCCUUCGGUUACAAAAGGCAGCUAUUAGAAUCCAGACAUCAUACAGAAGGUGGAUGGUAAGGAAAAAGAUGCAAGAGAUGCACAGGGCUGCUACUUUGAUCCAGGCUACUUUCAGAAUGCACAUAGCACGUAUGAGAUACCAGGCUUUGAAACAGGCCUCCAUUGUGAUCCAGUGGCAAUACCAAGCAAACAGAGCAGCAAAACUGCAGAGGCAGCAUUAUCUCAGGCAGAGACAUUCUGCUGUGAUCCUUCAGGCUGCAUUCAGGGGUAUGAAAAUUAGAAGACAUUUGAAAACCAUGCAUUCCUCUGCAACCCUUAUUCAGAGAAGGUUUAGAUCAUUAGUGAUAAGGAGAAGAUUCAUUUCCCUCAAAAAAGCUGCUAUUUUUGUUCAGAGGAAAUUUCGAGCCACCAUUUGUGCUAAGCAUACAUUGCACCAAUUCUUGCAGUUACGAAAGGCAGCUAUUAUAAUACAGUCAUCUUACAGACGACUGAUAGUAAAAAAGAAGUUACAAGAAAUGCAUAAGGCUGCAGUUCUCAUCCAGGCUACUUUCCGAAUGCACAAAACCUAUAUUACAUUUCAGACUUGGAAACAUGCCUCAAUUUUAAUUCAGCGACAUUAUCGAAUAUACAGAGCUGCAAAAUUGCAAAGAGAAAAUUAUGUGAGACAAUGGCAUUCUGCUGUUGUCAUUCAGGCUGCAUAUAAAGGAAUGAAAGCAAGACAGCUUUUAAGGGAAAAGCACCAAGCUGCCAUCAUAAUACAAAGCACAUAUAGAAUGUAUAGGCAAUAUUAUUUCUACCAAAGGCUUCAGUGGGCUACAAAAGUAAUACAAGAAAAAUAUAGAGCAAAUAAAAAGAAAUCUGUUCAACACAAUGAGCUUAAGAAAGCAGAGACUUGUAUUCAGACAAGUUUUCAGGACAUGAACAUAAGGAAACAAAUUGAGAAACGGCAUCAGGCUGCCGUUAUUAUUCAGAAACAUUUUAAAGCCUUUAAAAUAAGGAGGCAUUAUCUCCAUCUCAAAGCAACAGUGGUUUCUGUUCAGAGAAGAUACAGAGCACUAACUGCAGUACGCACCCAAGCAGUUCUUUGUAUACAGUCUUCUUACAGGGGCCUUAAGGUACACAGGGAUAUCCAGUCUAUGCACCUGGCUGCCACACUGAUUCAGUCAUUCUACCGAAUGCACAGGGCCAAAGCUGAUUAUCAAGCAAAGAAAACUGCAGUCGUUGUUAUACAAAAUUAUUAUAGGUCAUAUGUUAGAGUUAAAAUGGAAAGGAAAAAAUUUUUAGCAGUUCAGAAAUCUGCAAGAACUAUUCAGGCUGCUUUUAGAGGCAUGAAAAUUAGACAAAAAUUGAAAACCAUAUCUGAAGAAAAGAUGUCAGCCAUCAUUGGCCAAUCUGCACUCUGCUGUUAUGGAGCUAAAAUGCAGUAUGACUCUGUUCAAAGUGAGGACGUUAUGAUUCAAGAGUGGCAUAAAGCUGCUCCACUUGCUUGUUUUCAGGACGCAGAGUAUCAUUCUCAGAGUAGGGAUGCAGAACUAGUUAAAAAAGUUUUUCAUAAAAUGUUCACAAGAGAACUGGAAAUACAGAAAUGUGCUGCCUUACGCAUUCAGUCCUUCCUUCAGAUGGCUGUGUGUCGAAGAAGGUUCGUUCGGCAGAAAAGGGCUACCAUCACCUUACAGCAGUAUUUCAGGACAAGGCAAACCAGAAGACGGUUUUUACUGUAUAGAAAAGCAGCAGUGGUUUUACAAAAUCACCACAGAGCCCUUUUGUCUGCAAAACAACAAAGACAAGUUUAUUUACAAAUCAGGAACAGUGUUAUCAUCAUUCAAGCAAGAACAAAAGGAUUUAUACAGAAACGGAAGUUUCAGAAAAUUAAAAAUAGCACCAUAAAAAUUCAGGCUUUGUGGAGGAGAUAUAAAGCCAAGAAAUAUUUAUGUAAAGUAAAAGCUGCCUGCAAGAUUCAAGCCUGGUAUAGGUGUUGUAGAGCACGCAAAGAAUAUCUCGCUGUAUUAAAAGCUGUUAAAAUCAUUCAAGGUCGCUUCUAUACCAAACUGGAGAGAACACGGUUUUUGAAUCUGAGAACAUCAACAAUUAUCAUUCAGAGAAAAUGGAGAGCUACACUUUCUGCAAGAAUAGCUCGUGAGCACUUCUUAAUGAUAAAAAGACAUCAAGCUGCUUGUUUGAUCCAAGCACAUUUUAGAGGAUAUAAAGGAAGGCAGAUCUUUCUUCAGCAGAAAUCUGCUGCUUUGAUCAUACAAAGAUACGUACGAGCUAGGGAAGCUGGAAAGUGUGAAAGGAUAAAAUAUGUUGAAUUAAAAAAAUCUACAGUUAUUCUACAAGCACUGAUUUUAGAACAGAAAGCCAAAAUUCGGCUUCUCCACUUCACUGCAGCUGGAUAUUACCACCUGUCUGCUCUUAGAAUCCAAAGAGCAUAUAGACGCCACAUGGCUAUGAAGAACGCCAGCAAGCAGGUGCAUGCAGCCAUCUGUAUUCAGAGAUGGUUUCGAGCAAGAUUACAACAAAAGAGGCUUAUUCAGAAAUAUCAUGGCAUCAUAAAAACUGAAUAUGAAGUUCAAGAACAUCUGAGCCAGCAAAAUAGGGCUGCAUCGGUGAUACAGAAAGCAGUUCGCCAGUUCCUCCUUCAUAAAAAACAGGAAAGAUUUACUAGUGCAAUCACUAAAAUUCAGGCAUUAUGGAGAGGCUAUUCUUGGCGGAAGAAAAAUGAUUGUACAAAAAUUAAAGCUAUACGACUAAGUCUUCAAGUUGUUAAUAGGGAGGUUCGGGAAGAAAACAAACUCUACAAAAGAACUGCUCUUGCACUUCAUUAUCUUUUGACGUAUAAGCACUUUUCUGCCAUUCUUGAGGCUUUAAAGCAUUUAGAGGUAGUCACUAGAUUGUCUCCACUUUGCUGUGAGAACAUGGCCCAGAGUGCUGCGAUUUCUAAAAUAUUUGUUUUGAUCCGAAGUUGUAAUCGCAGUGUUCCCUGCAUGGAAGUCAUCAGAUACUCUGUGCAAGUCUUGCUUAAUGUAGCUAAGUAUGAAAAAACUACUUCGGCAGUUUAUGAGGUAGGAAACUGUAUAGACACACUCCUGGAGCUCUUGCAAACAUACCGGGAGAAGUCUGGUGACAGAGUGACAGACAAAGGCGGCAGCAUUUUCACAAAAACUUGUUGUCUGCUGGCCAUCUUAUUGAAACCGACAAGUCGAGCCUCUGAUGUACGAAGUAGGUCCAAAGUUGUUGACCGUAUUUAUAGUCUCUACAAACUUACAGCCCGUAAACAUAAAAUGGAUAAUGAAAGAAUGCUUUAUAAACAAAAGAAGAAUUCUUCUGUAAGCAUUCCCUUUUUUCCAGAAACACCUGUGAGGACCAGAAUAGUUUCAAGACUUAAUCCAGAUUGGGUUUUGAGGAGAGACAGCUUGGAAGACAUCACAGACCCCCUGCAGGCCAUUCAAAUGGUGAUGGAUACCCUGGGCAUUCCGUAUUAGUAAAUAGAAGUAUUAUGUACUUAAUGACGAGUCCCUAGUGCUUUGGGAUUGUUAAAAUUUUUAUGAAGCACACCACUGAAGAUG